AGGCGAAGAAGAAGGGCGACAAUGAGGCCCUCGGUCUGAUGGACAAGAUGCUCAGCUUCUCCAAGCAUGCGGCGGCGCGGUGCUCUCGCAGCUGCGCGGUGCGCUGGCGGCCGGGGACGAUGCGGGAGAGGAUCGGGGAAGAUUCGCCGCUGUCCUUGGAGGCAGACCCCAUGUCGGGCCGACGCCUCUACGGGCAGUACCUCCAGCGCUCGUUCGAGGGGGGCGCUGGCGGCUCCGCGGGCGCCGGGGACCUGGCGCGCCUGCUGCAGCUGUCCGAGGCGGACGACGAGGCGACGCGCGUGGACGUGUGCAAGCCGCUGCUGAAGGUGCUCUACCUGGACACGCUGGAGAAGGCGUUUGGGGCUCCCUCCGGGAGCGGCGAGGCCGCGACGUCGAUCGGCAAGCUCACCGCGGCGAAGGCCGCCAUGGCCGCCGAGGUGGAAAAGUUCAACCUGCCGCUCGAGGUGGUGCAGAAGACCCGCAAGGAGGCAUACCGGGAGCGGCUGAUCGCCUUCACCGACACGGUGCCCACCGCGAGCGAGAAGGACGAGCUCGACGCCGCGCGGGUGUUCUUCGAGCUCUCCGAGG